GCCGCAAUAAUCUUAGGGUUUAUGCUUAGCUCUCUAUAGACAAAAUCCAAAAUCUAUUUCUCCAUUUUUGAUAUGGCUCUUUGGAGGCAAAUCCAGACGGGAAGCAGCCGAUUAUCUUCAUUUUUCACAAAUUCAAAUCAUGUAUCUGGAAUUGCGAAUUUCUCAACCAAAUCCAGUCAUUACAUGGUGAAAGUUGGGAUUCCGGAGUUUUUGAACGGAGUGGGGCGAGGAUUAGGAAAUCAUGUGGAGAAGUUGGAAUCUGAGAUUGGAGAUUUGAAUAAGCUUCUCGUCACUCGAACUAUUAAGCUCAAGCGGCUCGGGAUCCCUUGCAAAGACGUAAGAGAAAUUUCUCUCUUUGUAGAAAGCUGAUACUGAAGUAUGCCCACAAGUACCGGCUUGGACUAUGGAGGCCUAGAGCUGAGCCCGUAAAAUCUUGAUGUUCAGAAGUAGCGGAAACUUUGGGUCUUUGCUGGACUUGGUUCUUUUGCUCUGAAACACUCUCUUAGGGAUUUAGGGUUUAUGUUUUCUGAAAAUCUGUUUGAGAAGUUGUUGAUGCUGGUUUACCUCUGCACGGUGCAUCUGGAUGAUCAAUAACAUCAAGCUGUUUAUGCCA